AUGAGAAGCAAGUCACCACAACCUGCACAUACUAUUAUAUCACUGCGAUUAAACCUCCUCAAGCCCCGUUCCGACAUCGCAACAACCUCCAACUACAACAUCAUCCUCGCCACGCACAUGCCAGUGCUCGGACAAAACCGCGGCGGCGCCCCCACCACCGUGGGCUGGUCGCGACUGCUCUCAUCCUUGUGCCACUCUCUGAUCACGCCCUUCCCUCGCCCUGCAUACCGUCACCGGAUCUGUAACCGUCAACCACCACCGAAGAAUCCGACGGAACUCCCGUCGUCACCCAUACCAGAGAAAGAAAGAGAGAGGCACGAAUGUAAAGAAGAAGAGGAACUCUUGUCUGUUCUGAAAGAGGAGAAAGGAAAGUGA